UGUUAAGAAACAUUCUAAUCAAGACGGGCAAUCGAUUAUUUCGGCCUUGGUCGUGGCGCACACAUGGCUACUGGAGCCGUGUGGAGGCUGUCUCGCUGUUUCUUCUGGAAGAAAGCGCAUAAAACAGCUUAGAAUUCAGAAAGCAGGUCAGUGAGUUAGAAACAGAGUCGGUACAUUUGUUUAUAAGUGGCUUUGCAUUAUUAAGUGGGCAGUAGUUGACUGGUGUGCCGGUUAUUUCGCUUGUAUCCGUGUGCCACAUGUGGGCUGUUGUGCUACUUUAGCUGGGUGGGCUUUCACCUGCGCUGCACGGGCGCCUUGCAACGCAACAGUCGGCUUUAACGCCGCUGCGCGUGUCAGCCAGGCGCGAGCCCCUAUCCGGCUCGUCGAGGGCUGAGACCACCGAGCGCCGCGCGCGGUUUGCGUCCGGCCAUGGGCUUGACCAGGCAGUACCUGCGCUACGCCGCCGGGCCCGUUUUCGGCGUGAUCGCGAGCCCCAAAGCCAACGUCGCGUUCGUCACCCUGAGGGGCGGCGAAAGGGCGCGCUACGCAGCGGUGGGCGCGUGCGAGCAAGUCUUCGUGUGGGACUUGCGCACAGCCGAGAAGGUUCUAGUCCUCGAGGGCAAGAAGCACGCGGUCACGUGCCUGCGCCCCUCUCCGGAUGGCGUCCACCUCGCCGUCGGUUACGAGGACGGCAGCAUACGCGUGUUCAGCCUGCGGAGCGGCGACAGCCACGUGUCGUUUAACGGACACAAGUCCGCCGUCAGCGUCAUCCGCUACGACGACCUGGGCGCGCGGCUCGUCAGCGGCUCCAGGGACACCGACGUGAUCGUGUGGGAUGUGAUAAAUGAGUGCGGUUUGUACAGACUCCGUGGGCACAAGGAUGAUGUCACACAGGCUCUGUUCCUAAAUAAGAAGAACCUGCUGGUCACGAGCUCAAAGGACAGCUUUGUGAAGUGGUGGGACUUGGACACGCAGCACUGUUUUAAGACCAUGGUGGGCCAUCGCAGUGAGGUCUGGGGAAUGGUUCUGUUGAACCAGGAGAACAGGUUACUGACAGGCUCAGCUGACAGCGAGCUCCGAGCCUGGGACAUCAGCUACCUGGAGGAGGCCAAAGAAGUGGACGAGCCACAGGAAAAGAAAAAAAAGAGUCUUGAUGAUGAUGAUGACAAAAAUGAAGACGAAGGCCCUAAUGAAACACCAGAGGAGAGGAUCCUCGGCUGUAAGAAGGUUGGUUCCGUUCUAAGAGAAGGCAGAGACAGGGUUGUGUCCUUGACCACUGAUCCCAGAAGUAACAUCAUAGUCUGUCACGGUCUCGAUGCCACACUGGAGAUCUUCUCAGUUAUUCCAGAAGAGGAAGUUCAGAAGAAAAUGGAACAGAGGUUGAACAAAGCCAGGAAGAAGGCCAGAGCUGAAGGGGGCACCGGAGAGGUGAAGAGAAAACUGAGUGAUGAGAUCCAAAGGUUGACCAGCAUUAAAGCCUCAUUCAAGAUCAGGUCGCUGGACUGCCUGCUGUCUCCUCAAGGGGAGAUGAAGAUGGUUCUUUUGUUGCAGAACAACACUGUGGAGACGUACACGCUGAAGACGAAGGAGGACAACCCCGUCCCCAACAAGACGUCUCAUCUCACGCUGGGCGGCCACCGCACGGACGUGCGAACCCUGGCCUUCAGCUCGGACAACAUCGCACUCCUCUCGGCCUCGGCGGAAACCGCCAAAGUGUGGAACAGGGCUACGCUGCAGGUGGUUCGCACCAUGGAGUGCGAGUACGCCCUCUGCUCUCUGUUUGUCCCCGGAGACAGACAGAUCAUCAUAGGGACCAAGAGCGGAAAGCUUCAGAUCUUUGACCUGGCGUCCGGCAGCCUGCUGGAGACCAUCGACGCCCACCAGGGCGCCACCUGGGCCGUCUGCCUAUCGCCUGAUCAGAGGGGCAUUGUAACUGGAGGAGCUGACAAGACUGUGAAAUUCUGGGACUUUGAGCUCAUAAAGGACAAGAAAUUGGGUCCAAACAAGCGGCUGACCGCGAAACACACUCGCACGCUGCAGCUGGACGAGGACGUGUUAUGCGUGCGCUACAGCCCUGACCAGCGUCUUCUGGCUGUGUCUCUGCUGGACUGCACUGUGAAGAUAUUCUACACGGACACGCUGAAGUUCUUCCUCUCUCUGUAUGGACACAAGUUUCCGGUUCUGUGCUUGGACAUCUCACACGACAGCACGCUGAUCGCCACGGGCUCGGCCGACAGGAACGUGAAGGUGUGGGGGCUGGACUUCGGAGACUGUCACCGCUCCAUGUUCGCACAUGACGACAGUGUGAUGUUCCUUCAGUUUGUCCCCAAAACCCAUCUGUUCUUCACAGCGGGAAAAGAUCGAAAGAUCAAACAGUGGGAUGCCGACAAGUUUGAGCAUAUCCAGACCCUGGAGGGUCACCAUGGCGAGGUUUGGUGUGUCGCUGUGAGUCCCAACGGUGACUACGUGGCCUCCUCAGCUCACGAUAAGUCCCUCCGGCUGUGGCAGCGAAGCAGGGAGCCCAUCAUCCUGGACGAGGAGAAGGAGAUGGAAAGGGAAGCUGAGUUUGAGGAGACUUUGGCCAACGGAGAUGAGCCAGUGGUACCUGGAGAAGCCAGAGGGGAAGCAGAACUUGCAGGGAGGAAGACUGUGGAGACGGUGAAGGCUGCAGAGAGAAUAAUGGAAGCCCUGGAGCUCUAUAGAGAGGAGAGCAGGAAGCUACAGGAGCACAAGGCAGCCUGUGAGGAAGCAGGGAAGGAGUUGCCGUCCCCUAAGAUGAGCCCCAUCCUGGUGGCCUGUGGGAGUAUCUCACCUUCCCGCUACGUCUUGGAUGUCAUCAGGAAGGUCCGAUCCAGCGAGCUGGAGGUCUCUCUUCUGGUGCUGCCUUUCUCCUACGUCCCUGACCUUUUGACCCUGUUCAGCACCCACCUGCAGCAGGGCCUGGAAGUGGAGCUCGUCUGCCGAUGUCUGUUCUACCUGCUCAGAAUACACUUCGGCAGGAUCACCAGCAACCAGAUGCUGCUGUCCGUCAUCGACGACCUGAGGACCCACACGAUCACCAAAGUGCGGGAGAUCAGGGACUUGCUGGGAUUCAACAGUGCGGGGCUCCAGUUCCUGCAGCGCGAGACGGAGAGCAGAGAAAACAUGAUGUUCUUCACCGCCGCUGCCGACACCUUCAAGGAGAAGAAGAAGAAGAAGAAGAGGAAGAGGGAGCGAGCGGUCCUGACCGUCACCUGAAGCAGCCUCACACACACACACACACACACACAUAUACACAUAUACACAUAUAUAUACACACACUCACACACACACAC